AUGCCGACUAUCGAAUUCGAGUCCAUCGAGUGGGAGGAGGUCGGCCGUCUUCUCUGUGUGACUUGUGACGUGAAGGCGAAACUGGCCGAAGAAUUGUCAAAUGGCAAACGGUUCUCACUUACGAUCGACGAGUAUACGUCCCUGAAAAACCGUCGCUAUAUGAGCGUGACUGUCCACUGCGAAGGUAACAUGUGGGGUCUCGGUGUCGCGCGUUGUCACGGAUCGAUGCCAGCAGAGAAAUGUCUGGAUCUUCUGCAGGGCAAGCUGGCAGAAUUUGGCCUUGAACUCAGUAAGCACGUCACCUGCGUCACAACCGACGGAGCUUCGGUGAUGGUGAAAUUCGGGAAGUCACUGCCAUGUGAGCACCAACUCUGCUUCGCACACGGUGUUCACCUCGCCGUUGUCGACGCUCUGUACUCGGGUGACGCCGGGCAGACCUCUGAACAAGCAGAUGACGACCGUGGUGGUGGUGGACCUAACCAGGUGAACUCGUCAGAUGAAUCCGACGGUGAUGACGAGGAUGAGGACGACAACGUGGAAGAAAACACUACACUGAAAACAAUUUAA